CUCAAAUGUUUUAUAUGAAAAACAGUUGGCUCCAGUUAAUAUUUAAGAGCUUUGAUUCAACUUGAUCAUGUCACUGGAGCAGUAGGUCUAGUCGACACUAAAAUAAAACACCACAUGUUUCGGAUCAACAUAGUCAGGGAACCAGAGUAGCUUGAGCUCAGCUCCAGCUGUUAAGACACCCUCCCCUGUGUGUGAGAGAGCGAGAGAGAGAACGAGAGCGCGAAAGAGACAGCAAGUGAGUCCCGAGGAGCUCGUGCAUCAGAAGAGCAGCCUCCGGGAGGGAACAAGGGAUCACUCCGACUGAAGCCCCAGUAGGACUGGAGAGAAACGAAUACGUCAUCGAGGGAGUCAACUCUUCCAAGCAGGGUGAUGGUGGUGCCAUAUGAAAGCCAGGGCUAUUCCUCCCUGCGUAGGGAGUGCCAGCAGCGUCGAGUCCUGUUUGAAGACUCUGUGUUUCCGGCUACGGACCAGUCUCUGUUCUACAAGACCAACCGCAUAGGAACCAUCACCUGGAAGAGACCUAAGGAGCUGUGUGAUAACCCCAAGUUGUUUGUGAAUGGUAUCAGUGCUCAUGACCUCCUCCAGGGCCAGCUGGGGAACUGUUGGUUCGUAGCUGCAUGCUCCUCCCUGGCAUCCAGAGAAACUCUGUGGCAAAAGGUGAUUCCGGACCAUAAGGACCAGGAAUGGGAUGAGGAGAAGCCGGAAUCUUAUGCCGGAAUUUUCCACUUCCGCUUCUGGCGCUUUGGAGAAUGGAUUGAUGUUGUCAUCGACGACCGGUUGCCCACUGCGAACGGCAACUUGGUCUAUUGUCACUCCAGUGACAGCAACGAGUUCUGGAGCGCCCUGGUGGAGAAGGCUUACGCCAAGAUGUAUGGGUGUUACGAGGCAUUGGACGGGGGCAACACAGCGGAUGCGUUGGUGGAUUUCACUGGUGGCGUCUCGGAGCCCUUGGACCUGCUGGAGGAAGGGUUGAGUACGGACGAGGAGAAACGCUCAGUGCUGUUCGACAGAGUCCUCAAAGUCCACAACAGAGGAGGCCUCAUCAGCUCCUCCAUACGGGCGGCCAGUUCAGCAGAGAUGGAGGCUCGUCUGGCCUGUGGUCUGGUGAAGGGUCAUGCCUACGCUGUGACGGAUGUUAGAAAGGUCCGGCUGGGCCACGGCCUCAUGGCUUACUUCAAGUCCGACAAACUCACAAUGAUACGACUCCGAAAUCCCUGGGGGGAGAGCGAGUGGAAAGGAGCCUGGAGCGACAGCUCAGAGGAGUGGGGGAAGGUGAGUAAGAGUGAAAGAGAGAAGAUUGGAAUGACGGUGCAGGAUGAUGGAGAAUUCUGGAUGACAUUUGAUGACUUCUGUCAGUACUUCAGUGAUUUGAUCAUGUGUCGUCUGAUCAACACUUCCUACCUGUCUCUCCACAAGACCUGGGAGGAGGGCUCUCUAAAGGGCGCCUGGCGGAACCAUGACGACCCGCUCAGCAACCGUGCCGGGGGCUGCACCAACAACAAACACACCUUCCUACAGAACCCACAGUAUGUGUUCAAUGUGAAGAAGCCAGAGGAUGAGGUGCUGGUUUGUCUACAGCAGACAGACAGGAGAGCCAGACCUAAAGAGGGGAAGGGAGAAAACCUGGCUAUAGGCUUCGAGAUACACCGGGUGGAGUUGAACAGGCAGUACCGUAUGCACACUCGGCAGCAGAAGGUGUGUGGGAGUGUGUACAUCAACUCCAGGUGUGUGUUCCUACGCUGUGCCUUGAUGGAGGGUCGUUACGUUGUCAUACCCACGACCUUUGACCCCGCUCUGGAAGGAGACUUCCUAUUACGCAUCUUCACUGACGUCCCCGCCGACUGCAGAGAGUUAACCCUUGAUGAGCCAGCCCAGACGUGUUGGUCAGGACUGUGUGGUUUCCCUUCCCUGGUCACUCAGAUCCAUGUCCACAGAGCAGAUGGACUGGCUGGACAAGACUCUGAUGGAGCAUCAGAUCCAUAUGUGAUCAUUCGUUGUGAGGGGGAGAAGGUUUGUUCUCCGGUCUAUAAAGACACCCGCAGCCCAACCUUUGACACCAAGGCUCUAUUCUACAGGAAGAAAACUAACCAGCCUAUACUGAUAGAGGUGUAUAACAACAACGUGUUGAUGGAUUCCUUCCUGGGUCAGGUCAGUUUGACCUCUGACCCCGGCGACCCCCAGCAGGUUACCGUCCACCUGAGGGACAAGGGUAAUCACCAAGACAAUGACCUCCCGGGCACGCUCACCGUCUCCAUGGUGACCAGCAACAUUCUCACUAACAUCUGACUAACCGUCAACCAAUCUAUCAAUCAGUGCCUUACUCCCUCCGUCCAAUAGGAGAGAGAAGCCAUAAAAAUAAAUUAGCCAUAAAACAUCUGUUGAGGGACCAAAGUUAGCCUUCCAGACUAUAUAGUGUUGUUUUUACUGGGUGUAGUACUAACUCCAACCACAUAGGGGCAUCAGAGGACAGAUAAUCUCCUAGUUCUUCUUUCUCAUCUUAUAACCACUUUAACUUGUGCCAUUACAGAUAUAUAAAUGCAUGUCCAGUAUUUCAGCAGUAUAUGUUGUCCUGUUUACAUUUAUUCCCAUGUUUUACAUUUCAGUCAGCUUUGUACUAGUCUCUCUCAAGAAACUGAGUUGGAUCUGGGUACCGAGAGCGGCUACUGACAUUUCUAGUCUUUCGGAAAGACACUUAUUUUUGUUAACUUCAUAAUUCAACUUUUAAAAAAUGAGAUUUCUGUCUGUUGCUCUACUUUGUAUCACAUUGAUUUUCCAGUGGGAGGCCAAAUACUCAGUAGUGACACAUCAUUCAGGGCAUUUGAGCCCUACCUGUUUAGCAUGUUAUUUUGGCAUUACUACAUGUCACAUAUCAGUUUGCAAACAAUGUAACAAAAACACAUCUAAUACUGAGUUAAUAAAGCUGUAUAACAAACAUGGUCUCUUUUUUGCUUUCUUGAGUAAGGCAGCUCCAAAAUGUAGGUGUUUUAGUCGAGAUCAGUUCUUUCUGUGGUGGUGGGGCAGUGUUAUGGGAUUUUUGUGUUUUAAUGACUAAAAUAUGUAUACAUUUGACUUAGAUGUUACUGUAUGAAUGAAACUUAUUAUAAUCAUAAUGCUGAGUGUAAUAUGUUCCUUAUUAGAAAGAAUGGAGUUAUCUUCAGACAGGCUGGAAUGCUGUGUUCCUUACAGGACAUUCUGUCUCUACCCAGGGAGGGGAAGGACCUUGGGUUGGUUGCAGAUAGUAAUGAGGCUGUGAACUGUAUUGCCAUUGUAUUCUAGAGGAGGAUGGACAUUAAAACCUAUGACAUCAUCUUUAUUAUAUAACCUGAUGUAAAUUGUACUAUGAUUCAGUACUCUCGAGAAUAAACGCGAUUGAUUGAUUUU